AUGGUUGUUGUUAGUUCUAAUCUCAGUUUUAGUAAUUCAGAGAAUAUACUAUGCAGUAAGAAAACAAGUAGUAAUAUAUCAACUCUAUGUACCAAUGAUACUAAUAAUCUGUAUGGUAUGUUACUAAACCACCUAGAUACUAACCAAGAAGAACAAACUAUUAAAUGGAGAAAUGAAACCAAUAUCAAUAGUAACACAGGAAACUCAAUAGAUGAUAUGUUUAAUCAAUGGCAAAAUCCUGUUCAUGGAAAACCAAAUCAGUGUGGUAUAAAUACUGAAGUGAGUCAUUCCAGUCGGUCAGCUGUUACAUCAUAUCAAUCAUUAAACCAAAUAACUUUUACUAAAGAUAUGUUAUCAUGUAUGCAGGUAUUGGGUCAAGUGGACAGUAAAUUUAUAGCUUGUUUAAUAUCAUCUACUACACAGUCUCAAAACAAGGUUGUAGUUCCUGAUUUAUUAGUAAUGUUAGAUCAACAUGCAGCACAUGAAAGAGUCAGAUUGGAACAAUAUAUAUCAGAAAUAUUUGGAGAAGAAGUAGAUGGAGAAGUAUCAGAUAAAGUGAAACAAUCAGAAAUAACACCACCACUAUCUUUAACCUUACAACAAGAAGAUAUUAGAGUAAUGAUCAGUUUUAAACACGAGUUCUCUAGAAUAGGUAUAAAAUUUACUGGUGUAGAAGAAAACAGAAAUGAAAUCAAACUUAACUCCAUUCCUGCUUGUAUAGUUGAAAGAGAGGCUAAUGAAUUGAAACGAGGCAAGAAUUCCAUAGCAACACAAUUUGUUGAGGAACUCAUAACUGAACAUGUUGAGUAUUUAAAGAAUACCAGUGGUUCUAGAAGGAGACUGCCAUUAGCUUUACAUAGAAUAUUAGCUACCAAGGCUUGUAGAGGUGCUAUUAAAUUUAAUGAUAUAUUAUCCCCAGCUCAGUGUAAAGAAUUAAUUACAGCUUUAUCAAAAUGUGAUUUACCAUUUCAAUGUGCUCAUGGUAGACCUUCUAUAAUACCAUUAUUUAAAUUAGAUAGUAAACUCUUUCAACAGACACAGGUGAAACCACAACUUGAUAAGUUGAGGAAAGGAAGACCAAAACAGGAGUAA